UUAACGUGUUCGCAAUUUCUAGGACUUUGGGUACCACUCCUAGCGAAAUGGAUGCUCCAGCAAUCGGAAUAGACUUGGGCACAACGUAUUCUUGUGUUGGUGUUUUCCUGUACGGAAAGGUUGAAAUCAUCGCUAACGAUCAAGGUAAUAGAACAACACCCAGUUGUGUGGCGUUUUCUAAUGAAGGAAUUUUGAUCGGAGAAGCCGCCAAAAAUCAAGCAUCGAGGAAUGUUAAUAACACCAUUUAUGAUGUUAAGAGAUUGAUGGGUCGCGAAUUCAACGACUUUUCAGUUCAGUCCGAUAUGCAGCGUUGGCCUUUUCAGGUAGUCUAUGAUAAUAACAGACCAAAAAUCGUAGUUGAAGUUGGAGGAACUUAUAAAACUUAUUUUCCUGAAGAAAUAUCCUCAAUGGUUUUGAGAAAAAUGAAAGAGACUGCCGAAGCUUACCUUGGUAUUACAGUCAAGAAUGCUGUUAUCACCGUGCCAGCUUAUUUCAACGAUUCUCAAAGAUGUGCUACUAUGGAUGCUGCUAAAAUCGCCGAGUUGAAAGUAUUACGUAUUAUUAACGAACCCACUGCUGCCGCCAUCGCUUACGGUUUAGAUAAGAAAGGUUCCAACGCGCAUAAUGUAUUGAUUUUCGAUCUUGGUGGAGGUACUUUCGAUGUUUCUAUUUUAACCAUCCAAGACGGCGUAUUCGAAGUUAUUUCAACCGCCGGCGAUACUCACUUGGGUGGCGAAGAUUUCGACAGCAAAAUGGUCGAUCAUUUCGUUCAAGAAUUCCAACGUAAACACAAAAAAGACCUCAGUCGAAACAAGAAAGCCCUACACCGUUUACUCAAUGCAUGUGAACGAGCAAAAAGAACACUAUCAUCGGCGACUGUAGCCAACAUAGAAAUCGAUUCUCUGUACCAUGGUAUAGAUUUCUACGCGUCGAUCACUCGUGCUAGAUUUGAAGAAUUGAAUGCCCACUUCUUCCGAAGAGCAAUGACACUUGUUCAAAAAGCGAUUGAAGAUGCUAAAUUCAACAAAUCAAAAGUUCAUCAGGUCGUUUUGGUAGGUGGCUCUAGCCGCAUACCGAAAAUUCAAAAAAUGUUGCAAGAUUUCUUCGAUGGAAAAGAAUUGAACAAAUCGCUUAACCCAGACGAAGCGGUAGCCUAUGGAGCUGCCGUACAGGCUGCCAUAUUAAAUGGCGAUACAUCGAGGGUUGUACGAGACGUGGUGUUAUUCGACGUUAUACCGCCGGUCCAAUGUGCGUUGUCACUAGGUGUUGCUUGUGGAGAAGAACACCAUAAAAUGGCAACGAUAAUUAAACGUAACACUCCUAUUCCAGCCAAAGAGAAUGACACUUUUUCCACAAUGUUAGAUAAUCAAACCGCAAUAUCGAUCGAAGUUUACGAAGGCGAAUAUGCUACUGUGAAGGAUAAUCAUUUCCUUGGCAAAUUUAUGAUUAACGGUAUCCCUCCUGCUCCUAAAGGUGCACAAAUUGUAACUGAAACCUUCGAAAUCGAUGCCAAUGGUAUUUUGAAGGUCACUGCCGUUGUCGAAUCGAAUGGUCGUACGAACCAACUUAUUAUUACACAUGACAGAGCUCGUCUCAGUAAAGAUGAAAUUGAGCGUAUGGUCGAGGAUGCUGAAAAAUUACGAAGCGGAGAAAAAAAACGAAGAGCUGCUUUAGGCGCCAAGAACUCUUUGGAAUCUUACUGUAUCAACGUGCAGAGCACUGUGGAAGAUGGAAAGUUGAAAGAUAAGAUCAGUAAAUCCGAUAAAGAUAUAAUUUUGAAAAAAUCCGAAGAAACUAUUGUCUGGUUGAAUUCUAAUCAUUCAGUUGAUUCUGAGCUUUACAAACGCAAGCAAGUAGAAUUACAAAACGUAUUUGAUGCGGUAAUAUCGAUAGCUAUCAACCCUAGUGAAGAAAACGACACGUACUGGAAAAUACUGAACGUGGAGAAACAUACCUCCCCAGAUGAAAUCGAAAAAGCGUACAGGAUCGUUGGUCGCAAGUAUCAUCCCGAUAAAUACGAAGGCGACAAAGAAAUUGGAACCAUGUAUUGGCAUAUUAUUAUGAAAGCAAAAAAAGUGCUCAUCAAUCUAGCAAAUCGUACGUUUGGUCACAACACCUGAUCGUGUAAUGGUAGAUGUUACACAAUAUCAGAAAAUCAACAUUUUGAUUAUACCGGCUCAACAUUUUUUCAUUUUCAAUACCGCGUCGUACGUCUGUUUCCAUUUAAUGGUGAAUGUCGAAUGUCUAAACCUGAGCAGUUCCAAAACUCGUGCAUUUUAAUUUCUUCAGAUUUCAAUGAUUUCGAUUACGACGCAUAUUUUCAGUUUUUUGUUAGGAGUUUUGUAAAGGUUAAUAAAAACCAAUAAUAGGUAUUUGUAAUAAUUAUUUAGUUUUUAAAGUGUGAUUUUUCUAUGUCUAAGUAUGCAUUUUAUUCGAGGUUAUUCCUACCUUUGUGUUUCUUAUUUUAUUUUAUUUUAUUUUUUAAGUAGUUCUCGUUAAGGUGCGCGGAGGUGCGUUGUCAGCUGGCAACUGAAUCGUAUUAUAAUCCUGAAAUAUACGUUUGAAGAUUUUUUUUACGGUA